AUGGUUCAUCAGGGAGCUGCAGCGGGCCAGUCCCCCACUACAACCGGCGCCUGGUCCCCUGCAACCUGGUCGCCACUACAGGCUGCGACGCCGCCGCGCAAGAGAAAGGCAGAGACGCAGGACAACGAGCGGCUGUCGAAGCGGCUCAGCCUGCUCAAUCUUGAGCAGAAUGGCUCCAAGCUCUACGUCCCCGUCGAGUCGCCGACCCUCGCCCUCGGCGACUCCAGCACAGCGACCCGACAGCAGCCGCCGCCGCCGCCGCCGCCGCCCUACUGCAGCGACGACCUCGACGACACGAUGCAGCUCGACGACUCCAAGCACAAGGUCUACAUCUACAACAUUGACGACGAGCUCGCUUCCUCAUCCUCUUCCGACGGCGAUGCCGACGAUGGCAGGCUCGUCUUCCUCCCCGACAUCGAGCAGCAUCUCCGGGAGAACCGCAUCCCCCCACAUGUGCUCGCCAACUCCGACGGCGAGUUGGCCGGCAUGCAGAUGGUCCUGUAUAGCGACCCGCGCUCGCUGACGGUGCCCGAGGAGCGCGACGGUGUACACAGGGCCAUUCUCGAUGCCCGUCGCCGCGUCAGGGAGAAGCAGAGGCAGGAGCGCGAAGGCAUCGCGUUUCCGGAGACGCGCCUGGUGAAUCAAACCCCGGCGACGCAGGCCGUGGACGCGCACGGCGCUGCGCUCGACGACGACGGUGAUGCCAUGGACGUGGACUAA